UUCGGCACUCGCGGGGUUGGGCUCUGGCGAAGGGACUGCGGGGUAUGCCACGAGGCCAUGGGAAAGCGGCUCGGGAAACUUCCCUGCCAGGAGCAGCGAGCAAGUGUCCGGCAGCUGCCUGUUGUAGCUGGUGAAAGUUGUUUCGGUUCACACCGGCCCUGGGUGUUUGGGAGCUCCGGGAAGGUGAAGGACACGACGGCGAGCCGAGGGCUGCAGUGAUGGCACGGCAGGACCACGGCUGCAGUCGCUUCUCUUUAUUUCUGUUGAAGGAGGGUGGUGGUUUGCCAGUUCAUUUUGGGCGUUCACACCUGUGAAAUUUGAUAAUGAAUCCCUUGCGUGUCUCUAUGUAACAGACCAUGUAACAAAGGACCAUUUAUUCGUAAAUAUGGAGGGCGAUUGUAAGUAUGAAUCUGUUUUCUUGGAGGUUUUGACUGCUCCUGUCCUUGCAGGCUUUUUGGAUGCCUUGCCAGAAGAGCUGCAUCUGGAGUAUUACAACUGCAGAGCAAAGAAUAUCAUUGGGAAUUAUAUAAAUGCUGUUAGUUGUACAAUGGAAAAAUCAUCUGCUUCAGUUGAAAGCUUUAAAUGCAUCUACAAAAGCAAUUUGCUCUCUGCUUUCAAGAACACGGGCAUCCAACCAUCGUCUGCCUUUGGACUGGGAGGACAGCAAACAUCAAGCUUCUGCCUCACCUUCAAGUGGUGCUUUGUUUGGACAGACUGCCAGUGGCUGUCCAGUGCCUCUGGACAUCACGUCACCUCAGCGUCUGCUGCAGUCACCAGCACCACCGCCUCAGAGAAGUUAUUUACACCCAAGAGCGAAUUAUCAGCUGAAGAGUGGCAACAGUUUGAAGCAAAGGAGUUCACCAUUGGAAAGAUUCCUCUUAAGCCACCCCCAUUAGAACUUUUAAAUGUUUACGACCUUUUAAGUUUAUUCAGAAGUAACAUGUUUUGAAAUCAAAUCAAAGGCUUCCAUUUUGUUACUUUUUGUCUCCUCUCUCAAGUCUCUUCUGCAGGAAUAAACCCCCAGUUAUAAACAUUGGAACACUG